AUGGCGUCGUCGGCAGUGGCGGACAGCUUCACCACACGGGAGGAUGCCAAAAAGCAGAAAGCCCUGCAGGAGGCGCGUGCUGCCGGCACGGCCGCCCCGGAGACCGAUGAGUUCACGGGAAAGAUGAUCAACCCGCACAACCCGGAGUUCAUCACAAAGGCGCCCUGGUACCUGAACCAAGAUCGGCCGUCGUUGAGACAUCACCAAGCAUGGAAUACCAAAUCGAUGGGCACGAAGGAUUGGUACAUUCGAGGCACCAAAGGUGACGUCAAGACCAAGUUCAUCAAAGGUGCCUGCGAAAACUGCGGCGCCACAACCCACACGAAGAAGGAUUGCGUGGAAAGACCCCGGGCGAUCACCGCCAAGCAGAACGGCAAAAACCUCAUGCCCGAUGAGUACAUCACGGAGCUAAACCUGGACUACGACGGCAAGCGCGACCGCUGGAACGGCUUCCAAGCAGACGACUACAAGCAAGUCAUCGAGGAGUGGGAGCGGGUCGAAGCUGAGCGAAGGCGCGUGAAAGCCGCCGAGAUGGAAGAGCGCGCGAAGCUGAAAGAGCGGCUGAAAGCUCAAAAGAAGUUGCUGAAGAAGAAGCGAAAGCAGCGACGGCGACAGCUGCGUCGGCAGGCAGAAGGACGAGACGACGAUGACACAGACACUGGAGACUCCGACACGGGAGAUUCCGACACAGACACCGAUACCGACAGCGACAGCGAGGCUUCCGACGACGAGGACCUGGGCGAGAAGCUUAAGGACUUCGACAAAUCGACCUCGACCGUUGCUGCGAAGGACGACAAGCUGCGGACCACGACGAGGAAUCUGCGAAUCCGGGAAGACACUGCCAAGUACCUCUUGAACUUGGACGUGAACUCGGCCUACUACGAUCCGAAGUCCAGGUCCAUGCGACAGGAUCCUCUGGCCCACCUCAAGGACGAAGAGAAGGGAACUGCUUUCCGCGGAGACAACUUCCUGAGGCAGUCCGGCGACUCUAAACAACUCACGGAGCUCAUGUGCUUUGCGUGGGACUCCUACAAGCAUGGUGAGAAGAUCCAUGAUACAGCGCAGCCGACUCAAGCAUUGAAGAUGUUUGAGGUGUACAAAAACCGGGCCACGAACUUGAAAGAGCAGCAGCAGAAAGAGCUCAUGGACAAGUACGGCGGCCAGGAACACAUGGAAGCACCAAGGGAGUUGAUCUUCUCCCAGAACGAGAACUAUGUCGAGUACGCCCGUGAUGGGCGUGUGCUCAAGGGCCAGGAGCGGGCCUUGACCAAGUCCAAGUACGAAGAGGACGUCCUCGUAGGCAACCACUCGUCAGUUUGGGGCUCCUGGUUCUGUACAGUCACCGGAAGGUUUGGCUUCGCCUGCUGUCAUCAGACAAUGAAGAACUCCUACUGCGUGCCCAUCAAGAAGGGUGAUGCAGAGGCCAUCGAGGCGGGCGAGGAAGCGGAAGCGGAACGCCCCCAGGAGGCCGUGCCCGCCCUGGAUGAUGGAG